AUGAGUUCGGUGUUUCGUUCUCACAUUGGCAUUAUCCGUCGUAAGCUGAAAUUGGCAAUCGAGGCUGCAGAUGACACCGACGAUGCCGAUCAAGCUGAGAAGAGCUCCGAAAAAGAGGUGUACGAUGAAAUCGCUGAGAUAGCUGAUAUCACCAAUAGCAUUCGUGCUGCUAUUGAAAAGAUAAGGAACUACGAUCAACAAUGGAAGGAUCUCUUCACGAGAAUUCCAACGGAGAGAGAAGGCAUGGCCGACUACAAGAAACGGCUAGGCGACUACGAUGUCGACAUUCAAAAUGCAAACAAAUAGUUGCAAGGACUUAAAAUCAAAUAUCAAGAGUUUAUUGCAAUUCAUAAGAAGAAAGCUCCACAACCGACAGAUUAUCCAACAUUCGGUGGAGAUGAAGCAAGUCCAAAUCAAUCAUCGUCGUCAAACACAACGGAUCAUC